UCGCGUUCGACCGUUUGACGACGUAUUGAUAAAAACAAAAAAAAAACCAUAAUAUUAUUCGACAAUAUUCGUCAUUUGUUCGUCAGUUUGUCUCGAAAAACAAACAUUUGUUUUAUUAGUUUAAACAUUUUUUAUUUGCAAGUAGUGCGUACAGGUGCAGCCUUGGAGAUGGAUCACAGAUGAUGACAAUAUUGUAUACGAAAUAUUUAUUGACGAUUCUGAUUAUAUUACCUUUAUAAACACUGAAGGUACAAAUUGUCUUAAAAAAUGGUGGCCAGAGGAGGAAAAACGAGAUUAAUUGGUUUCAUUUGCAUGGUUUUUGUUUUUUCUGCCGUGCUGUAUGUGUUUCAUGAAACGCAAGUGGAAUUAGAUGGCGUCCGUAAUUCGGCAUCCUCUUGCACACAUCAGCUAGAGUCAUUAUCGUCUCAAUUACAAGUUAUCGUUGAACAUAAGCUUAAAUUGGAGAGGUCAUUGGAAGAAGAAAAACAUGAACAUCUAAAAACCAAGGAGGACCUUAAUGCAGUCAUUCAAGAUGAGAAACAGUUGCGUGAUAAACAAAAUGUUGACUCUAUGAAUCGAUAUAGCGAGAUAGAACGAAAUCAUGAAGUAUUACAGGAAGAAGAUAAAAAUUUAAGAGAAGAAUUGGAAAAAUUGAAAUUAAAAUACUUGGAAGAAGAAAAGAAAAACAAACAACUUACUCAAGAAUUGAAUGAUGCACAAAACAAAAUACAAAAUUUAAUUGAAAAAGUUAAAUUAGAAAGUGGAAAAGAAAACUUAGAAAAUGACCAAAAUAAUAACUUACAAAAAUCAAAUGAAUUAUCAGAUAUAAAAUUUAUUCAGAAAUCAAAUGAUAUUAUGAAUGUUACAAAAUUAAAAAGUGGUUCAGUAACUCCAGCCAUUAAUCCACAAGCAAUCGACGGAGCUACUGCUAAGAGUUCAACUCCAAUGCAAAGUUCUAAAGUGAAUUCUACAAUCAAAUCAUUACCUAUUGAAAAUGAUGGAGCGAAUCCAAUUAAUCAGCCUAUUAUUAUAGACAUCAGCUCUGAUAAAGUACCCAAUAAUGCUUUGGUCCCACAAAAUGAUACUAGUUUAACACAAGAAUCUCAAGUUGGUGGAAAUGAGUCCAUGAAAGCUAUGCCUGCUCCACCUCAAGAGGAGACUGUUAAGAAAGAUUCAUUAAAUAAGUAUAGUAAUGAAGAAGACAAAAUAUCAAAGCAAAAAAAUAAUUCCUAUAAAUAUGAAUAUGAACAAGAACGUUUCAAAGAAGAUGGUGAGAUAGACAAUGAUGAAGACAUGAAUGAUUUUGAUACAAGAGAAGAUGCAAAUCAACAUGCAAAUAAAUAAAUGUAUUUAUAAUUACAAUUUAAGGUACCUUUAUCAUAAAGUUAAAUAUUUAAAUUAUGAUAGCUAUUAAUUGUAUUUUUCUUUUUUUAAUUUAACGUGAUAAUCACUGAUCUUAUUUUUAUAAAAUCGAAAUUAAUAUGCAGUUGAUAAGUAAUUGUUUAUUAAUUUUUUUUUUAUUGAAUCUAACAUGUAUUCUAAAUACUAAAAUAAGAAAUGAAUGUAUCAUUGUGUCAUACUUAAUGUUAUUCAACCAGCUCAAAUUAUAAAAUUAAUUUAUGGUUGAAACUUAAAAUAGUAGUAUUAGUUUAUUGUGAAGUGGUUUGAUCUAUAAUUUUUCAAAAUAGUUUUAUACUUUCAUAUAUUUUUUCUUAUUUGGAUGUAAAUAAAUACUAUAAAAUAAAAUGUCUAUAAUAAUAUAUAGCAAAUAAAGUUGUGUCAAUGUAUCAUAUUAAAUGUUAAUUUAAACCUUACAAAAUAUUUGAAAUAGUUUUUAAGUAUUAAUUAUGUUAUAUACUGCUUUUCAAAAAAGAAUAUACCGCUUUUGCACAUGUCAAAUGAUUUGUUUGGUGCGCUUAGAACCAUGUGAUCACGCUAACAAUGGGCAAUUGGUGGGGGAUGCGCGCCACCAGACAUAAAUUGUUCGCUGACCGGUACGUUCUCUUUUGAAACAGUGUAUAGUCCAGAUUCUAAAUUAAAGUGUUCUAUAAAAUGUCUGUAAAAAUUUUAUAGGAAUACAAUGGUCGUAUAUAAUUUAUUAGUAAGCACUUCAAAAAUUGUAAUCUUUUAUAAUAUUAUAAUAAUUAUUACUAUUAUUUAUUGACUAACCUUAAUAUAAUAUUUUGAUGUGUGGCAUAAUAUUACUUGAUUAAGAUUUAAGAACAUAAUAAUAAUAUAAUACCACUUUAAAAUGUUAUUUAUUAACGCUAUAUGAGCUCAAAAUAGAAGGAAUAAUCUAUUACAUUUAUUCUGUGACAAGAAUAUUCAUGCUGUUAAAGUACCCAUAAUUAUUUAAGCAAAUAUUAUAAAUAAUAGUAAUAAU